UUCACUAUCAGUAAGGAUGAAAAUAAUAAGUCUUGCUAUAUUUAUUUGUGUGGUCUGUGGGAAGGGCGACGCGGGCGCGAAGGAUGGGCGGCAACAGCGAUUGCUAUUUUACGACGAAGAUGGCAACCUAGUGAAAACGUAUCCCAACCCCUACCCAAACAACCCAUUUCUACAGAACUUGAGGCUCAACGCUGGACACUGGCCGUACUACGGAAGUUUCUUGAACCCAUUUUUUGGUUUUAUUAAAGACUUCGGCAACAUAUUCUCCCUAACAAUUCCAGUAUCAAAUGAGGUGAUAAAACAAAUGCAGAGGGACCCAGCGUACCACAACAAGUUGAUGCUCACUCAAUCUCCAGACCCAGUAAUUGAACCAAACCCUCUUUGUGAGGGCAAGAGGGCACAGGUUCCCUCACCGAAACUCUGUAACAACUACCUUAAUUGCUGGGAUGGAUGGGCCGUGGAGCAAGAAUGCCCUCUUGGACUGCUGUUCUCUAAUCAGGGGUACUGCGACUAUUCUGAUAAUGUGAACUGCGAGAGCAGGAAAUUACGCGAACAGCCUCCAACUCAACCACAAUGCAAGAAAGACUUUGAAGCGUUUCGAAAUGCUCUCGACUGUAACGAGUUCUUCGUUUGUGUUGGACGACAACCGGUGAAGUUUAAGUGUCCUGCUGACCUUUCAUACAACCAGCAACUUGGCGUCUGUGACUAUCCAACACGUGUGGAUUGUGCAUCAACUGCUAUCAACACUGAAGUCUUUGCUCCUCAACCACCUUCAAUCGCACCAUCUGCACCAACUGCUGCACCAUUUGCACCUCCUGCGUCUGCUGCAUCAACUGCCGCUCCACCUGCAUCUUUUGCCUCACCUACUGUACCUACAGCAACAUUUGCUCCACCAUCACCCAUCGUAGCUGCCGCACCUCCAUCUUUAAUUAAACCUGAUGGAAUAAAAACUGUGUUCUCUGAGAACUCUAUUGUCAACACCCAAAGUUGGACGUCUACCCACAUAGCCAUGUCUCGUCAAGACGCUAUCCGCCAACUGCAGCUCGGCAACAUCGCCAAAGCCGAUAUUUAAUUACUCAUUAAUUGUAAUUAUUAUAACCAUAGGCUUUGCUACCUCUACUGCCAUAAUACCUACUUUUAUAUUAAUCUUGACAGUAGACAAAACAAGUCAUGUACUUGUACCACUUUGACUAAAAUAUUGCAACACUAACAGGCCGUGUUCAAAUACAUAUCAAUAAGUAGAAUUGAGAAAUUAAUUGGUUAUAAAUCUAGUUUGGCCACAAGGUGUCUGCCUAGAUUAAUAUUAAUAUCUUAUUUAAGACUUGCUCUAACAGCAAAUUGCAUUUUAAUUUAUUGAAAUUAAUGAUUACUUAAUAA